AUGGGUCUGCUCGCCGCCGUUCUCCUAUACACAGCCUCGGUGCUUGCUGUGCCAGGCAGUAUACUACAAAGAGCAAGUCCCUUGACAAUUUCCACCUCAAGUGGUUCGGUCACUGGCUUUAUCAAUAAGACCACCCCAGAUGUCCGCCAAUUUUUGGGCAUACCCUUCGCAGAACCACCCCUCGGCUCCUUGCGCUUUCAACCGCCCGUAGCGAAGUCCGCUGGGGCCCCGAUCACAGCAAACAAGCUCCCAGCAAACUGUAUACAGUUCUCAGGUUUCAGUUCAGGAUUGACAAUCGCCGGCCCUGUGUCACAAGAUUGCUUGUACCUCAAUGUAUACACGCCCGCGAAUGCUGCAUCCGGAAGCCUGCCGGUUCUCAUUUGGAUCUACGGCGGUGCUUUCAUUAUCGGAGGAUCCGACGUACCAUACCAGGUCCCUGAUCAGUGGGUCGAGCGAACGAAGUCACAUAUCGUUGUGACAUUCAAUUACCGCCUCGGCGCCUUCGGCUUUCCCAAUGCUCGGGCCCAGACUUUGAAUGCAGGUCUUCUAGAUCAACGAUUAGCCGUGGAAUGGGUCUCUAAAAACAUCGCGGCUUUCGGUGGGAAUCCUUCAAAGUUGGUGAUAUGGGGUCAGUCGGCUGGAGCCGCGUCCGUAGGCUUGUACGGAUACGCGUAUCCCCAAAACUCUCUCCUCUACGGCGCGAUCGCCGAUUCGGGAGGUCCAAGCAUGUUGCUAGCCAAUGAUCCUACACACUCAACUUUCACAGGUCUCGCGGGGACAGUUGGAUGCGGCAAUCUUGACGCAAACGGCGAGAUGGCCUGCAUGCAAGCUGUCAAUUCCUCGAAGCUUGAAUCUGCUGUUCUGUCAUACCCGGGGUCAUUCGCUCCAGCCCUAGACGGGAAGACCGCAUUCAAUGAUACAACUGCGCGGAUUUCAUCGGGACGAAUUGCAAAAUAUCCAAUGAUAAUGGGCUCCAAUGCGAACGAGGGUGGCUCCUUUGGCGGUUCAGACCCUAUCACCUGCCCAACCGUGGAUGAGAUUGAAAAUCGCCAGAGAUAUGGCCUCACUACAUACCAAUAUUUCUAUGCCGGCAACUUCACCAAUGUUUCACAAGGUCAAGGCGCAACACACAGUAGCGAAUUACCUCUAGUUUUUGGGACUUACGGCCUGUAUGGUACUUCCACCACUUUCGAGAAGCAAGUUAGUGAAGGCAUGCAAGAUUAUUGGCUGGCGUUCAUCAAAAACCCAAAUGCCCCACCUUCUGCCGCCGGAACCGUCUGGCCGCCGUCCAAUGCAAAUACAAAAUCUGUGAUGGAGUUUGGGACCAACAACAGGGUGCAACAGCUCAUAUCAGGAAGUUCCAUAGGCCCAGGCUGUUAG